AUGCCUGGCAGCUCUGCCAAGUUUCCUCGUUCUGGGAGGGUCUCUCACUUCUCUUCUUCUUCUCUCCUCCCUCGCCCCUCUGCUCCUCCUGCUGCUCGCCCCUCUGCUCCUCCUGCUGCUCGCCCCUCUGCUCCUCCUGCUCCUCGCCCCUCUGCUCCUUCUGCUCCUCGCCCCUCUGCUCCUCCUGCUCCUCGCCCCUCUGCUCCUCCUGCUCCUCGCCCCUCUGCUCCUCCUGCUCCUCGCCCCUCUGCUCCUCCUGCUCCUCGCCCCUCUGCUCCUCCUGCUUCGCGCCCCUCUGCUCCUUCUGCUCCUUCUGCUCCUCCUGCUCCUCCUGCUAAGCGCUCUAAGCUUUCCGCUGCCACUUCUCGUAAGCAACGUAAGCUUACCUCUGUUCCUCUCGCUUGGCGCUCCUCUGCUCCUCCUGCUUGGCGCUUCUCUGCUCCUCCUACUUGGCGCUUAGCUGGUCCUCCAGCUAAGUCUUCCUCUGCUCCUCCUGCUAAGCUUUCCUCUGCUCCUCCUGCUAAGCCUUCCUCUGCCCCUCCUGCUAAGCUGUCCUCUUCUCCUUCUGCUUGGCUCCCUUCUGCUCCUCCUGCUAAGCCUUCCUCUUCUCCUCACUUUCGUAAGCGCAAACGAAAGUCUUCUCCUCCUCCUCCUCCUCCUGGUCCUCCUCCUGCUGACGCUGCUAGCCUCUCACACAUUAAGCUAGCCCCUGUUGUCUCGCAGAUGGAGCCUGCCCCGCUGUUCCCUGGACCUGUCCCGGACUGGGUGGUGCAGAUGGAGGCGUACCUGCAGGAGCGGGAGCUGCCCUGGAAGGAGCAGAAAAGGUCAUGUGAGCCGCAGAGGCCUGUUCCACCGAUAACACACAAGUACUCCUUCUAUUUUUAA